AUGGCACCCAAAAAGAAAACCCCCAAGAAGCCCAAGGUGGAUAAAGAGGAUGCAUCCAUCACCCCGGUGGUGGUGGAAGAUGCUUUACUGGAUGUUGAACACCUCAAUCACUUGAACAGUUUAUAUGAAAGUGGCUCCAAUGGCUUCCACUGCACGGCCACGGAGGUUGAAACGCCGGACCAUGGAGCCAGCCUUCUGGAAGGGAUGAACCAGAUGCGCCAGAAGCAGUUCCUCUGCGAUCUCACCAUUGCCACCAAAACAAAGUCCUUUGAGGUGCAUAAACUCGUCCUGGCUUCCUGCAGCGAGUACUUCCACCGCCUGCUGCAGAGAGACCCUCAGCUGCACCAGGUAGAGCUCCGUGAUGUGUCCCCACUGGGCCUGACCACUGUCAUCACCUACGCCUACACGGGGAAGCUGAGCCUCUCCCUGUACACCAUCGGCAGCACCAUCGCUGUGGCCACCCAGCUGCAGGUGCCAGCACUGCUGAACAUGUGCAGUGACUUCCUCAUUCAGGAGAUGGCUGUAGAGAACUGUGUGUACAUUGCCAACAUCUCAGCCACCUACGGCCUCAACCAGGUGAAAGACGCCACACGGAAAUUCAUUCGGGAAAACUUCCUGGAGUUCUCCAAGACUGACCAGUUCAUGAAACUCCCCUUUGAUCAGAUCAAUGAGCUGCUCAUGGAUGAUGGCCUGCAGAUACCCAGUGAGGUUGCAGCCUUCCAGAUUGCUGUCAAGUGGCUGGAAUUUGACCCAAAACGGGUCCAGUAUGCUGCUGACCUCCUGAGCAACAUUCGAUUUGGCACAAUCUCAGCUCCAGACUUGGUCAACCAUGUGCAACCUGUGCCACGCAUGAUGCAAGACCCGCAGUGCCACAAGCUCCUUGUGGAUGCUAUGAAUUACCACCUGCUCCCCCACCAGCAAAACAGCCUUCAGUCUCGGAGAACCAGGAUACGGGGAGGCCAGAGAGUGCUUGUCACAGUUGGAGGUCGUCCAGCUUUGACCGAGAAGGCUCUUAGCAGGGAGAUCAGCUACAGGGACGCAGAGGGAAACUGGAACAAGCUCACGGAGAUGCCAGCAAAAAGUUUUAACCAGUGCGUGGUGGUGAUGGAUGGAUUCAUCUACAUUGCAGGUGGAGAAGACCAAAAUGAUGCCAGGAACCAGGCCAAGCAUGCUGUCAGCAGCCUCAACAGGUACGACCCGCGCUUCAACACCUGGCUGCACUUGGCCAGCAUGCAGCACAGGAGGACACACUUCAGCCUGAGCGCCUGCAACGGGCUCCUCUACGCUGUCGGAGGACGCAACGCCGAGGGUGCAUUGGCAUCUGUCGAGUGCUAUGUCCCCACCACCAACAGCUGGCAGAGCAAAGCAAGCCUGGAGACGCCCCGCUGCUGCCACGCCACCACUGUCAUCGAUGGCAAGCUCCUGGUCACUGGUGGCUACAUCAGCCAUGCUUAUUCUCGCACCGUGUACUUCUACGAGCCCAGCACUGACACCUGGAGGGAGCAGGCAAGGCUCAGCACCCCCCGGGGCUGGCACUGUGCGGCCACUGUGGCCGACCGAGCGUACGUGCUGGGUGGGAGCCAGCUGGGUCCCCAGGGCGAGCGGGUGGACGUGAUGCCUGUAGAGUGCUACAGCCCACUCACGGGGCAGUGGAGUUACAUGGCGCCCCUGCCCACGGGGGUCAGCACAGCCGGGGUGGCUCUGCUGGAGGGGCGCUUGUGCCUGGUGGGCGGCUGGAAUGAGAGUGGGAAGAGGUAUCAGAAAUGUGUGCAGUGCUACAAUCCUGACCUCAACGAGUGGGCCAAGGAUGAGGACCUCCCCGAGGCCACUGUGGGUGUCUCAUGCUGCACCAUCAUCCUCCCACCCUCCCCAAGCUCCAGGUCCCGGGCCAGCUCUGUGGCCUCAGCAGCAGCCAGCACGUAA